UAUGUGCGGUUGCCGCUUUAUGUUUCUUCACGAAUAAUGUUUUGUUUUUUUUAAAAGGCGAUUUUAAAUUAGACACCGUCGUUUACGUUAAAUUCCGUGUUUAUUUAAUUAUAUUUUUGUGUUUGGCAAAUCAGAUCUGUAUAUCUCUAUUUCUUGUUGUUGCUGGAGAAGAAACGAGGAAGUGUCGAGAUGGCUGGCUUGACUUCAGAUCGGGGAUAAAGUGAUCGGAGGAUUAGUAAGGAAGGAUGCCACACACUGACAGAGUCUAUAAUUUUAAGAGACGGCUGGCCCCUGUGACUGGUGACGUAGCAGAUUGCUGGUUGUUUUGGAGGAGACAGAAAAGAUGCCCUUUGACCUCUUCAUGGUUCAUUCAUUGCAGUAAACAGAUACAAAGCGCCUGACCACUUCAUCUCUUACAUAACUAAAAACAUUAAUAUAAAUACAAAAAAAAACAUGAACAUUCUAUCUGCUAUAAUCGUGUUUGAGAACCUCCAUGAGGUGAAGAGACUCUGUCACUGGGGUCCGAUCAUCGCUCUCACGGUCAUCGGUGUUUGCUCGUCCAUGGCCGUUUUGGACUCGAUUAUCUGGUACUGGCCACUGGACACCACUGGAGGGAGCAUUAAUUUCAUCAUGCUUAUCAACUGGACCGUCCUCAUUCUUUACAACUACUUCAAUGCCAUGUUCGUGGGCCCUGGCUACAUUCCUCUGGGGUGGAAACCAGAGAAGCAACAAGACAUGAUGCAUUUACAAUUCUGUAGAGUGUGCCAAGGUUUCAAAGCCCCUAGGUCGCAUCACUGCCGCAAGUGUAACAGGUGUGUGAUGAAGAUGGAUCAUCAUUGUCCAUGGAUCAACAACUGCUGUGGGCAUUUAAAUCAUGCAUACUUCACCAGCUUUCUCCUGCUUGCUCCCCUGGGCUGCAUGCAUUCUGCCUUUAUAUUUGUCAUGACCAUGUACACUCAGCUGUAUGACCGGAUCUCUUUUGGGUGGAGCUCUGUGAAGAUUGACAUGAGCUCUGCUCGACACAUCCACCGUCCCAUAAUGCCUUUUAGCAUCGCAGCUUUCGCUGCCACUCUGUUUGCCUUAGGACUGGCAUUGGGUACCACAAUUGCUGUUGGUAUGCUGUUUUAUAUACAGAUGAAGGUGAUCUUUCGGAACAAAACCUCAAUCGAAGCAUGGAUCGAGGAGAAAGCCAAAGACAGAAUUCAGUACUACCAAACCGGUGAAGAGUUCAUCUUCCCUUAUGACCUGGGCAGCAGAUUGAAGAACUUCAAGCAGGUGUUCACCUGGUCUGGAACCCCAGUGGGAGACGGGAUCGAAUGGCCUGUGCACGAAAAGUGUAACCAAUACACUUUAACUAUUGAGCAGUUAAAGCAAAAACACGAUAAACGUCAAAGAAGUGUGGAAUACAGAGUAGUUGAGGACUACAACGGGGCUUGUUGCCCUCUGGGAAAGGGCCUAAAUACGUUUUUUAGGACCCCUUGUACAGAAGAGCCCAGAAUCAAACUGACAAACGGAGAGACCAUCUUUGCUACAAGAGGAACAAAGUGGUGGAUGUAUGGAGACAAGGCUUUAAAUGAGGAACAGAUAAAAGCUGGAGUUCGUAUCAGAGGAUGGUUUCCACGGAGGUGUGUCGAGAAGUGUCACUAUGACUCUGCGAGUAAUUCGACGAGUGAAGAAAAGAAGGAACAGUGAUGCAGAAAUGUGUCGUUUUCGUUCAAACAGAGGACCUGAUGCAUUGCAAACCAGCAGUGAUGCACAUUUUGAAUCUGAAUUUUUUCUAAAGCAAUUCAAUGCACCAGCGCUGAAGUGUUAAAGUGGUGGCAAAACCAACAGAUACUGGCACCCAAAGUUAACUUGUGUUUUUCCAAAGAACAACUGCCACAGAAAUUGACAAAUGAUAAAGAAAUGUAAUAAAAUUAUUUAUAAAAAUAGGAUUGGACAGAAAAAAUGGUCACUGGGGCAGUACCCUUUGAAAAAAUAUGUAUAUAUUUGUUACCAAUAUGUACCAUUGAGAUACUAAUAUGAACUCUUUAGGUGCAACGGUGUACUUUUUAAAAGGGUACCGCUCCGGUGACAGCAACGGAUCUUUAUUAACCAUUUUUUCUGAUGGUGUAUGUAUGGUAUAUGCUUCAUGGGGAAUUAUCGAGAUGCUUACUUGAAACUUUUCUUACUUCUUGCCAUUUUCUCGUUCGCUUGCUUUUUCUCUCGUUCUCUUUUUUGAUGCCCACCGUGAUUAUGCAAUGUUAACCUCAAGUUGUAACAAAGUCUUAGUCAUGAAUUGUUUGUAUAGUAGAAAUGACAAUUUUAUUUUUGAUUACGUUUUUGUAAAACUGAAGUUAACCUUGCUGACGUUUUCGAAGACAAAUAAACCAUGCUCUGUACAGUAAA